AUGAGCGCCUCAGUGGAAGCGCAAAGCGCAAACGCGGCGUGGCGAAUGCUUGUUAGGACGAAUGUGGAGGCUAUCAUUGCGCCGCAGGUAGUUGAUUGGAUGGACGACGAGGGUUCGUUCUCGGAUGCGCGGUACAUGGCUCGCGCGCUGCAGGAAGUGGAACAGAGGUAUCAAAGAUCACUCUAUAACAUUACCGCCAAGGGCCGUAAGACGCUCGCACGGGAGCUGGGCAGGUUACCUUGCACACUUGUGCACAGUGAAAACCCCGAAUGCCUGCUUUCGAGCAGCAAGCCGCCGCUUGAUACCAUCGGCCCGUUUCUGGCCGUCGCGAUCCCGCUUCUAGACGGUGCGGUUGACGAAGUUACUCCCAGAGUCCGCAAGGCCGUCUUCAGCUCAUUGACGCUGACAUUGAGGCACCAUGUCUUGGAAUCUGGUGGCAAACUCGAGAGGGUCACGGAAUUGAUCAUGCGAGGAAUGAAGGACAAGGAUCGUAGUGUCCGUUUGGCAGCAGGCCAGUCGUUGGUCGAGCUGGCGAGGUUGCACCAGAACCUAGGCAGCGGAGUGUUGAGGCGCACAGAGCCGCUAUUCGCAACGAUGUUCCGAAUAUUUGAGACGACGGAUGACAUAAUCAGGGAGACUUCCAUCGUCACCUUAGGGCGUCUUGGCAGGUCUGUUCAGAUAGCAAUGCCGGAAGUACUCGGUCAAGUGAUAUACUGCCUUAUCUCGCAGCUCGGUCAACGUAGUCCUCUUGUCAAAGGCACAGCACAUACUCAGUUGCGAGGCCUGGCAGAUCUGUACAAGAAAACGCCGUAUGCCCUCGUCUCUCCGUACAUGACGCAAGUCGCACCAUUCUUGGUCUCAAGACUGUGUACGCAACCCAUGCUGCUGGCCGAGAGUUGUAGAUUUCUCUCUCUCAGGCCCGAUAGCUUCGUUUCCGCGACACUGCCACACACCUUACCCCAACUAUUCGGCGCAUGCAAUGUCAAGGUGUUGGAAGCCGUUGCUAGUGAAACCAAGGAGCGCAUCUCACAGUUGUUUCUAAUGUACUCGCACCAAAUCUUGGCGUAUGCGUUCCGCUUGCAGGGGCCAGGCGCAUCCAACAAGGUACUCAACUUCAUCGUCACCUUACUCAAAGAGGGGACCCAGCAAGCCCUUGACUUGGACCUCUCCAGCUUAGUGGGUAGUUGCAAAUUGCCCUUGCUGGCGGAGUUGAUCACUGUGUUCGGGAAUGAGGAUCCCGAUCAAGCCGAUUAUGCGAAGCAAGCGCUCAAGAAGGUAGAACGCGCAUUGAGGCCCCAGACGACUAGCUCGAGGUCACCUCCUACGCAAAGCCUUAGUGCUUUCCUCAAGCCGCACAUGUUGGGCAUCAUCACUGUUCUCAAUGACCAGCUACAGGAUGUGUACGGCAAGCGCACUCUGCAGUCGAAGAAGACAAUUAUUCGCAGUCUCGGGGUUUUCAUCAAGGAGAUGGGCUCUGCAAUUGCGACUGCUGCUCCACAGAUUAUGGCCACGCUGCAGACCAUGCUCGUAAUACCACAACUGACCGACGUGACUCUGCAGAGUUGGCGGGAGUUCUUGACCACUUUGGACGUUCAAGAUCUAGGCCCGUACGUUGGGCCCACAAGUGCAUCCUUCGUCACAUACUGGCCGACGUUCUCUCUUACGGGCAAGGAAGACGCUAAAGCAUGCCUCGACUACCUCAUCUGCGACAUGGGCGUGAAGCUCGGUGCCUCUCUCGAUGACGUGGUCGACCUCACAUCAGUCUCUCAGCUGGCUGCGGCACAGCGGACGUUAGCUACCUACCGCCAGACGUGGGUGCCACGGGACAAGCUCGAGAACAUUUUGAACCGUUCUGCCAGCGAGAACCUCACAGUGUGCAUGCAAGCUCUGCAAGAACUGAGGUCGUUCAUGAUUGUGGACGAACCGAAGUUCACGCGGUCUCUGGCAUCUGGAGAUGUCUUCGAUCCUCUCGUUGGCCGCAUUGUUGACACUCUGUUUACUGCUGCUUGUCGCGAUGGAGAAGGUACCGACUCCCUGCGUACUCACGCCUUCGAGUGCAUAGGGAUCCUUGGGGCGGUGGAUCCGGACAGGUUCGAGAUCAGUACCAGCGACACGAGGAUGGUAGUGUGGGAGAACUUCGUCGACGAAUCCGAGUCAUUCGCAUUUGUCCUACAUCUCAUAGGAGACGUGCUCGUCGGGGCCUUCCGUUCGACGAGCGAUAUCAAGUAUCAGAGUCACCUCGCGUAUGCAAUCCAAGAACUACUGCGUUUUUGCAAAUUCUCUCCCGGCCUCAUCGCUACCCAUGGAUCAUCCGCUUCCAUUUCCCUAAAGGUUCGCCUCCGGUGGACUAGUCUUCCCAAGCAUGUGCUUGAGACGAUCUCGCCGCUCCUAUCGUCCCGCUUCACGCUUGACGCCGGAACACCCGGACCAGUCGAACACCCCGUAUACCCGUCCAUGGAGACGUACCGCGACUGGUUACAAAUAUGGACUAGCCACCUGUUGGCUAGGACUUCCGGUGAUAGAGCGACUACGAUCUUCAAUGUUUUCUCCGCUGUCGUACGCAACAGAGAUGUCGGGGUAGCACGACAUCUCCUCCCUCAUCUAGUUCUACAUGUCCUCGUUUCUGGCAACGAAGACGAUGUGAGCAACAUCCGCAACGAGCUGCUUGUGGUCCUCGAAGAUCAAGUUGACGUCGACUCCCACUCUACGUCGGACAAGAAGCUCUUGAGCGCACAGACCGUCUUCGUCCUCCUCGAUCAUAUUGGCUACUGGCGUUCUGUAAUCCCACACAAACUCGCCAAGUGGAGAGAAAUGUCCAAAGACAAGUCAGGGGCCAAGUCAACCCGUCAAAUCGCGGAUACUGAGAGGGCAGUCGUCAUCGUAGACUCGUUGCUGUCGAAUAUCGACCAAAACCUAAUGGCCAAGGCAGCGUUACAAUGCAAGGCAUACGCCCGAUCCCUGAUGAACUUCGAACGGCAGAUUUUGACUUUGCGAGAACGCAAAGCCAAGGAAAGCGAGAUCCACGAGUAUUACGAGCGCCUACACGAGAUCUAUGCUCAUCUCGACGAGCCCGAUGGUAUGGAAGGCAUCUCUACACUCAUCUUGUCCCCGUCGCUGGAACACCAGAUUCGGCAACACGAGAGUACUGGUCGUUGGACGUCCGCCCAAAGCUGCUGGGAAGUCCGUUUGCAAAGCUCGCCGGACAACCUUGAGUUUCAUCUAGGCAUGAUACGCUGCCUCAGGAACUUAGGGCACUACGACACAUUGCGUACCCACGUCAAAGGUAUCCUUACCCGGAACCCUGGCUGGCAGUCGCACCUAGUCGGCUUCCAUGUCGAGAGUGAACUUAUGGUUGGGAACUGGGACGAAGUAGACAACCUGAUUCAGCACUGCGGGUCCGACGCAUCUUCUGUGCUCAUUGCUUGCGUUCUACUGGCGCUACGUGCAGGCGACGUUUCAGCUGUUUCCGAAGCACUUUCAACAGCUCGUGCAUCAUUAGGAUCCCCCAUCGUGGCUGCUGGACCUCGAAGCUAUCGCAGAUCAUACGAGGCUGUGCUUGACCUUCAUCUGGUCCACGAGUUGGAGACUAUUCACAGAGUUGUAUCAGCAUCUUUGCGCGAAGGUCGGGCGGCGGAUAAUCUUGGCAUCCUAUCGUCGGAGCUCUCUUCGCGCCUCAAUUCGACGUUGCCCACGUUUCGUACCCAGGAACCAAUCUUGAGCAUGCGGAGGAUUGCCUUUGCAUUGACGUCUGCCAACAGUAGAGAAAUCAGAGACGUCAUAGGGGAGUCAUGGCUAGCAACGGCUCAGAUAGCAAGGAAGGCAGGACAUUGGCAAACAGCGUAUAGUGCGAUGCUUCAAGCGCAGCAGUACACCAUUGCAUCUUGUUUCUUGGAGAGCGCGAGACUAGUCAAGGCGAAUGGCGAGCAUCUCCGCGCCCUCCAAGAACUUGAGAAUCAUAUGCGACUCGCUGGGAUGCUGAGUGAUGCGCAAAAGGGCGCUGCAAACAACGAUAUAAUCGAUCUAACCAAUGACAACACCGGUCCCAAUGUUGUGUCUAAAGCGCAAUUGCUCCGGGCGAGGUGGAUGUACGAGGCCGACCGUUACGAACCGACAAAUGUUCUUAACGCCUUUCAAAGCGCAGUCAAGUCCGCAGACAGAUGGGAGAGCGCCCAAUUCUAUACGGGAAGGUUUUACGACGAUGCAUACAAGGGUUUGCGAACGGAGCGAGAUAGGAUAGACAGGGGAAUGAAGAUGAGCCUUCAUACGGUUCGAGCUUAUAUUAGAGCCAUCAGAUUCGGCUCGAAGUUCAUUUACCAAACUGUGCCACGGCUCCUCACUCUGUGGCUUGACAUGGGGGAACACUCUGAAAUGUCCAAGCACAGGAACUACGAGUACAUGAAUGCGGAGAUAGAGAAAGCGAUCAAGUCAAUCCCUGUCUGCAAGUGGUACACAGCAUUUCCACAGAUCGUCUCCCGUGUAGGCCACAACAACGACGUCGUCUACACACUGUUGUCUCAGCUUAUGGCGCGGGUCAUUCACGAAUAUCCGAAGCAGUCACUGUGGCUCUUCGUCUCCGCUGUGAAGUCUACAAAGACGCAGAGAUCAAGGCGAGGGAGGGAGAUACUGAAUCGACUGCAGGCGAGUUCCACAGAUCGCAAGGGCGACCUCACAACCCUCAUUGACCAGAGUCAACAGAUGGUCGAGCAGCUACUCGAGUUAUGCAUCCGUGGCGUGCCUGAAGGCAAGAGACUUCUCAAUAUGCAGAAGGAAUUCCCUGGCCUAUAUAGGCUCGCACCGUCACAAUUGAUCAUUCCGCUGCAAGACUCCUUGACGGCCAGCGUCCCUCCCGCCUCUGUGGCUGACUCGGCUCAUCAACCUUUCCCGCCUAACGCACCUACCUUCGAUUCGUUCCUGGACGAGGUGGAGGUCAUGAAGUCUCUCGCAAGGCCGAAGAAGAUUGCUCUCAAGGGAAGCGACGGACAGAUCUACAUGUUCCUUGGCAAGCCGAAGGAUGACCUGCGGAAGGAUGCGCGCCUCAUGGACUUCAACAUGAUCAUCAACAAGCUCCUGAAGGCCAACUCAGAGUCACGCCGCAGACAGCUUUACGUUCGGACCUACGGUGUCGUCACCCUUAACGAGGAGUGCGGGUUCAUCCAAUGGGUCCCGAACACAGCCCCGAUACGGCCUAUCCUCAAUGGAUACUACGACAGGCUAGGCGUCAAAGGCUGGACAUCCGAAAUGGGCGCCGUCUUCGCGCAUAUCAAGAAUACGAGCACCGACAAGGAGGCUGCCGCAAAAUUCGAGGAGCAUAUCUUGACCAAGUUUCCCCCGAUGUUCCACAAUUGGUUCCUCGAGCAAUUCCCCGAGCCCACGGCGUGGCUGUCUGCCAGGCUUGCGUAUAGCAGGACAGCAGCGGUCAUGUCCAUGGUGGGAUUCAUCAUAGGACUCGGCGAUCGGCAUUCUGAGAACAUCCUCCUUGACACGACCACCGGUUCUGUGGUACACGUAGACUUCAACUGUCUCUUCGAGAAGGGCAAACAAUUGGAGACCCCGGAACGUGUUCCCUUUCGGCUGACGCAGAACAUCGUCGACGGCUUUGGUAUCACCGGAGUGGAGGGCGUCUUCCGAAUCGCGUGCGAGGUCACUAUGCAGCUCCUCAGAGACAACAAGGAUACGCUCAUGAGCGUCCUGGAUGCUUUCAUCCACGAUCCGCUCGUCGAGUGGGAGGACGAGAAGCGCAAGAAGGAACGCGAGACGUCGAGGCGCAAUAAGGCUGGUGGCGGCAGGGACGUCAAUGCCACCCGCGCGAACAUCGACCUCCGCAAGCUCGCGCUGGAUGCGCUCAAUCCCAUCGCGAAGAAGCUGAAUGGUAUCUACACCAACAGUCGAGAACGUCCCGAGAAGGAGACGUCGACGAGCAACCUCGUUGAGAUGCUGAUCCGCGAAGCGAGCGACAACGCGAACUUGGCAAGGAUGUAUCCGGGCUGGGGACCAUGGCACUGA